AUGGACUUGUAUAGAGUAGAUUACACUUUAUUGGGUAUGGUUUCCCCAAAUUGCAUGAAAGUUUUGCCAAUUUCACAAAAUGAUGAAGCUGAAAAGAAGCCACAAAAAGUAAAGUUCUACGUAAUAAUUCAAAGGUGUACAUUUUUACUAUAUUUUUUUUUCUUGUAGAUUAUUGUUGGUGAUCAAGAAGGGAUUGUUCAAAUGUUUCAAAUUAAAAAAGGAAAAAUCAACAUGUUAUUUAAAACAUUACCUGUAGAACAAAUAACUGAAGUUUGUUUAGGGGGAGCACUUGGUAUUUAAUUUAUGAUUUUGGGGCAUUACUUUUUAUGUUUAUUAAUCAUCAAAAAUAAUUAUCUUCUAAGGUACUGUUCAAGAUAAGAUAUUUUUGUCAAUGGGUACAAUAGUUCGUGGCUAUACCAAAAAAGGAAGGAUGUUUCUUAGUUUCGAUACUGGUUUAUCAGAACCUAUUAAAUGCAUGUAAGUUAAAUUUCUAAAUAACUAUUGUAAAAAUUGAUUCAAAUGUGUACCAUUAAUUUUAUAUUAGGUAUGUUACUGGAAACGAACUUUUAGUAUCAGGUAGACAUAUAUUUAAUCAUUUUAAUGAUUGCAAGGAUAGCAACACUUACUUGUGUCCAGAAUUAAUCAAUAGCAUUAUAACACUAGAUGUUGUAAAGGUACCUACUAUAUUUCAAAUUGAAAAUUGUACAAGGUAAUCAACAUUACAUAAAGCAUUCAUUAUAUUGGAAAGUGUUAACUUUUUUUUAGAAUUUGUUUUUAAAUUAUUUGAGAAAUAAACAGCUCUAAAAUGUUACAUUGUUAUUUUUUGGUCGCCGUUAUUUUAAGGAGUGAAAUUACUACCUACUUUUGAUUUUAAAAUAGUAACCUAUAUUCAAAUUUUCAUAAAUAGAUGGAGUUUUAGUUAAAAUUAAUUUUAGUGUUAAUAUUUUUAAUUUCCAUCAAUCUCUUGAUGACAUAUUCCAUUUUAUGUUUCGGCAUGAGGAGAAUGAUGAAACAUUAUUAAAACACUGCGCCCUAUGCCUCUACACAAAUGAUGCACCGCUCUCAACCCUUGACAAAACCUAAAAGUAGAAUAUUUCCUCAAUGGGUUAGCAGAAAUUAAUAAUUUUAACACCAAAAUUGAUUCUAUUGAUUCUAGCUAAUAUUCUGAAAUUUUUAAUGUAGGUCACCAUUUGAAAAUCAAAAGUUGGUAGUGAUUUCAGCCCAUAAAAAAAAAAAGAGUAAUGGAACAUUUUAGAGCUAGUAAUUUCUUAAAUGUUCUAAAAACAAAUUCUCAAAAUAGUUAAUAUUUUCUGUGAUAAUGAGUGUCUCAUGUUGAUUGUAUAAUGUUGUAUGUAUAUAUUUUUUUUCAUAUAAUUGAUUGUGUUCAAAUAAUUUUUAGAUGCAAGGAGUGAUGCCUAUUCUUGCAUGUGCAGACUUGUGUCUUAGAAUUCUUGAAAGUUCAUCUGUAAAGGAAACAUUUUAUUUAUCAUCAGAGCCAAUUUGUUUGCAUUUAAUGAAGAAUAACGGGGGUUCAUACGGAAAUGAAGUUUUAGUUGGACUUCGAAAUGGUCAUGUUGUACUUCUAAAAAUAGAAAAGUGUGCUUCAAGCUUGUUUAAUAAAAUAGAUACCAAAAACUUUAAUAAUUUGCAAUUAAUGUGUUUAGAAAUAGUUCAGUAAAUAUUCUUUGGGAACUAAAAACUCAAUCAAAACAAGGAACCAUAACUUGUAUUGAUUGUUAUGAGUUCAACGGAGAAGAUCACCUUUUGAUUGGGCGUCAAAGUGGUUCUGUUGAGGUUUAUUCAUUAGAAUCUCACUGUGUUCCUAUUGAAAAAUAUAAAUAUGUAAUUUAUCAUAAAAUUAUACUUAAGAAUUUAUUUAUUCAUUGUAUUAAUGCUAUUUAGAGUUGUUCAGAAAGCAUAACAUCAAUUCAAGGAGGAGCUAUAAGAAAUUUCGGUUUGCCAGAAAUUGUUGUAACAAGCUUUACGGGUUAGGUUAAAAUGAAUACUCAACAUCCAUAAACAGAAUUGAAUUUAUAAAAUGUGAAUUAAUUAUUUUAGGUUGGCUUUUUGGUUUAACUUUUGUUGAUCAACAUAUUGAUAAAGACAUUAUUAUGGAAUCAUCAAAUAUAAUUUUAAAUGACGAAAAGCAAAAAGUUUUAGAUAUUAGGUAAGCAUAAUAUUGUACUUCAGACAUAAUAUUCUAUAAUAGUUAGGUUUAGUAGGAACCAUAUUUUGUUUAUAUAUUCAAUAUUAUAAAAAAAAAAUAUAUAUAUAUAUUAACUUUGAAUUAGAUUGCUGAACUGUCUAUAAUGCUAAUUUUUUUUUGGUGGGGGGGAGUGAGGAGGGAUUAUAUUGAUACUAUUAUUAUUAGUUUUUAACACACAAUUAGAUAGAUCAAAUGGAUGAUUUAAAUAAAAUAAAACUUGAUAUAUUAGGUAAAAUGACAAGUGAUUAAAUUUUUUAUUUGUAUACAUAAUUGCAUUUAAUUAAAAUUGGUUAUUGUUACAAGAAUAUACAGUAAAUAUCUUAAUUAAAAUUAAAAUUUUGUAUGAUGUAUUCUUUAGUUAAUUAGGUUUAUGAUAUUUGUUAUUAUAAGUUUAAACUUUUAAAAGCUUUUAAUGGUCUCGAUUAUUAUUAAAAGUGUAUUGCUCUAAUUUUAACAUUUCUGUAACAAGGACUGAGGUAAGUGAUCUGGAGAGGCAGGUUGCAAUAGAAAGGAACAAAUACUUGGAAUUUACACAAAAAAGUUCAAGACCAUCUGUUUUACCUUAUUUGACUAUCAAAAAGACUGUAAGCUAUAAUUAUUUUAAAAAUCAAUAUUGUAAGUUAUUGUGUUCGUUUUUUUUUAUAGAUGUUUUUAGAUGCAGACAAUUUAAUUUACCAUUUAAUAAUUGAACUGGAAGCGACAAUUGAUAAUGUUUUAUUGCAAUGCAAUAGUUCCAUUAAUUUUAUUGAUGAAGAAAACAAUAAUACUGCUGUAGUGAGCAAAAGCAAAUGUAAAGAAGAGGUAAUUUUUGUCGUGAAUGUAUAGAUUUUUUUUAUUUAAAUGUGCAUAUUAAUUCUUUCAGUUUUCUUUCUAGGAUGAUAAUAAGUUAUUGAUUACAUACAGAUGUCAAUUAAAUACAACUAAAUUAGAAUUAAAAAUGUGGUCCCAUGAAGGCGAUCAUGGAAUUUUAACUGCUUACAUUACACCUUUAUUACAACCUAAAAGUUGUCAAGUUUGUAAGUUUCCUAUUAAACCACUUUUGUUUCAUCAGCGAACAAACAAGAAUAUAACGUGAGUUGUGUAGAUACGUUAUUAUUUAUUAUUUAAUUAUUUGCUCUGGAGUAUAUAGAAGAAAGGACAGUGAUUCUUUUAGCAAUACAUUAGUGUUGGAACUAUCCGUAUACUCGGAUAUUUUAAAAUCUAGAUAAAAAUUAAUUCAAAUAUUCGUAUACUAUUCAGAUAUAUUCGGACAUUAGAUGUAAUAUACGUAUGUAUCUACUAUUUUGAUAUUUUUAUUAAUUGAAUAUUCAUAAAAUGUAUUCAAGAAUAUUUGAGAUAUAAAUUUAAAAUUAAAAUAUAUAGAUACUUGGAAAACAUUGAAAGUACAGAAAUCUGAGUACAAUAAAUAUUUGAAUAUUACGGAUAAUUGAAAGUAUUCGGAUUUUAUGACAUCAAUUAUCCGUGUAAAAGAAUCCAGUUAUGCGGAUAUUUAAAAAUCCGAAUAUAUGUUCCAACACUACAUCCAAUACAUUUGGAUAAUAAAUUAAUUUUUUAUUAAAAUGACCACCACUGUAUUUACCUACCUUGAUAUUAUUAUCAAAAAAUAAAACAUACAAUUUUAAAUAUAGUUAUAAAUAGCUGAAUUAAUUAUACUCUAAAAAGUUUUUAUUGUUACCGAUUCUAAUUCUCCACUAUUUUUUUUCUAUUUCAUCGGAUCAUACAAAUUUAAGAACUUUUGUGAUACAAAUAUAGAGAAACAUUGUAAUACCAAAAACAUAGUUAGUUAGUUUGCCAUAGGCAAAAGUAUCAAUGAAGAAUAAAUUGAUAUUGAUUUGUAUAAUUUGUUUUAGACAAAAAAUAUGAUGAUUAAUAUUAUUGAAUAUAGGCACCUACACAUAGAAAUUUACUAAUAAUAAGCAACUAGUAAACAAAUUGCUCUUUUUUGUUUUUCAGUUAUCAGCCUCAGAGUUAUUUAACAAUUUCUGGUGGGUUUAGCCUUUCAGAAGCUCAUUUGUGGCUCUCAAAUUGCUUGCCAGGAAUACCUGAGAAACCAGGUUCCCAAGAAAAUGUAGAGUAUUUAUUCGAAUCGAUAAUAACAGAUAUGAUUUUAUUGUGCUCAUAUAGGUAACUAGUUAAUUUAUUUACAUUUGGUGCCAUGACCGUCCAUAUUAUAUAUCAUUACUUUCCUGUUUAAGCCGGGGAUCAAUAAACAUAAAAACGGACAAUAUUACAGCAAUUUCUAUUCUCAAGGACAACUUUAGUAGAGAGGCAACUAGAAAAAAUAUUAAAUUGGACAUGGUCUAUGGUUUGUAUUUUGUAAAUUGCUUAGAAUAGUUUUAUAACUUCAUAAAAAAAAAAAUAUUUAUUACUUAUUUAUUAUAGAGAUAUCAGAAAGUAGUUUAAUGUUGAUGAUAAAUGCAAUAAUUUUGAAAUUGAAAAUUGACAUUAAGAAUGACAAACAAUUGAAGCUAAUUAGCGCCAUAAAACAGUUAUCAGUAAAUCCAAAUACCAACGGAGAAUCGAUUACAAAAGAAUACUUAGAGUUGAUUUCUAAAGAAGAUGAAUUGAAAAGACAAGAAUCUUUAAAGCCAUCUCGAAUGCAACGUUUACAAGGUAUGGCAAUCAAAAAAAUGUGUUUAAUGAUUUUCACUAUAUUAUAUAAUCGCGUUCAAUUUGAUAAAAAUAUUAUUUAUUUAUUUUCAGCUAUUAUGCUAGCAUUGUUUGAUGAUUGGCAUAAGCUGAGAGGAUUAAAUAUGAAGCCCAACUCACGAGAGGAUUUACAAGAAGCAUUACAGACAAAUAAUACAUUAGAUUCAUUGAGCAGCAUGUUUGAACUUUAG